GCAAUAUAGUGUAUCUGUUAACCUUUUGGAUCUAUAAAUAUCCUUCAAUAUGGUGCUACUUUGUGAGAAUCAUGUGUUGAAUGUUGUUGUUUAUAAACUAGAAGAUUCCAUGUUAAUCAGUACAUCUGUAAGAACAGGAAGGGGAGGAGUGUGAAAAUGCAAUUAUGUCUGGGAAUGUAAAUGCUGUGCUGCUUGCAGUGUAUUUUGACUCCAUUAUGUAGUCUAUUCCUCAUCUUGCUAGCUGGUCUGGGAGAAAGAUAAUGAACCUUUGGUGAAGAAAAUGAAAGGUUUAUUUGUUGUGUCUGUAGUACUGUCCUUAUCAUUGGCCACAAACAGAACAUCUGAUGACGUUGUUUUAACCGCCUGGCCUAAGGGACAGCUCUUCUACAUCGGGGAACCCAUGGUUCUGACAUGUGAAGUAAAAAGGAACUCUUCAGAGGAGUGGAUCUACAGUUGGUUUAGAAACCUCAGUAAGGCUUCUAGCCCCGGCCAUGCUCACAGAGUGAACAAUCAAACUUACUCUAUUUCAGCGCUGACCCAUGAAGACAAUGGCACAUACCAGUGUGGAGCUCAGAAUAAGAACAUGUCCAUGCUCCAGAAUAACACUGUGUCUAUAAAAGUCACAACAGACCCACCUCCUGCAUCCCUGGAGGUCUCGCCUAACAGCAGUCAGCACUUUAAGGGUGAACAGUUUUCUCUAAACUGUUCAGUACACGAUAAUACAUCAACACUCUGGGUCCUGAAGCGGCUCCGCGUUGCUGAAGAAAAUGUAAAAAGUUGGAAGCCGGAGGGCAAACCUGAGCAACCUUACGAAUGGAGCUUUAACGUCACUAGUGGGUUAAGUGGCUUGUACUGGUGUGAAGCAGCCGGAGGGAAUCAGCGCAGCAAUGCCAUCAGCAUCAUUGUGAGCGAUAACUCAGAGAAAAAAAAGAACUAUAUAGCGCCGUGGGUCUGGGCCGUCUGUGUCAUCGUUAUCAGUGUGAUUCUGAUGUCUGUCACCUUUCUGCUUGUAACAAGCUGCAGAUGUGGAGAAUUUAAUGCCCAUCAGGAAAUGCCUAGAACCAAACAGGAUGUGACAGAGGUCCAGUGGGAUCUGCCCUGGAUGGAGAUGACUAAUCUGCUGGAUAAAUCGGUGUACCCUGGCAACUGAGCAUCUUAUAAACGGUUUAUAUAGUGUUAGUCUGAUUAUAAUACAACAGUGCAGAAUUGCCAAAAGUAUUCGCUCACCCAUCCAAAUAAUCAGAAUCAGGUGUUCCAAUCACUUCCAUGGCCACAGGUGUAUAAAAUCAAGCACCUAGGCAUGCAGACUGUUUUUCCAAACAUUUGUGAAAGAAUGGGUCGCUCUCAGGAGCUCAGUGAAUUCCAGCGUGGAACUGUGAUAGGAUGCCACCUGUGCAACAAAUCCAGUCGUGAAAUUUCCUCGCUCCUAAAUAUUCCACAGUCAACUGUCAG